CGGGCCAACAAACUUCAAAAUUUGUUUCUUCUGUUUCAAGAUAUUCUUAGCUAUUUUUUUUAAAUCUUAUAAUGGUAACCUAUUUUAAAAUGUGUAAUCUUUGAUGAAUACAUAUUAGUAAAAUUUCAUAUGAAGAAAGUUUUUUGGGAAUCUGUAUCAUACCCAGCGAGCAGAAAACGAAGACUUGACGGAAGUCGACGACAAUGGAGAUAAAAGUUUCUAUCGUAAUAUUGCUUUUAUUGAUUUUAACCUCAGAUGGAACGGGUUUCGGCAGAAAACGAUCCGCCAAGUGUCAAAGAGGCAACGAGCAGACUUUAAGUAGAAACGAGCAAAAUUCAACAUCCGAUUAUUAUUAUUACUGUGACCCAACAGAGUUUGGAGUAGUACAAAAGAUUCCGUAUUUGCGUUCUUGUUCACCAUGCGACAUGAUAGAAAUCGAUUUCUCUUCUGCUUGUAUCAGAUGCGGGAUGUGCCUUGCCAUUGCUGAAAAGAUAAAUCAGACAUUGCUGGACGUUCACGAAGCGUUGCCUAACGCGUGUUUAAAUGACACUGAGAUCGAAGUUCUGUUGAGGACCAUAUGUGAUUAUUCUUUUCAGUUCUAUGGCCUUCGCGAAUUAGAUGGAAAAAGAUACAUUUCUGAUAAAUUACCUGGUUCUAUCAUGGUAUCUACGUCCGCCGAUGGACUUUGGAGAGAGAAAUUCAGAGAUCUUUGCCAUUAUUAUCUCGAUGAAAUCGGAGAAGUGUCAUUGUACGAACAAUGGCAGCGAUGUAACAACGAUGGAAAACUUCAUGACUUGUCGAACAUUAUGUGUCGAAACGUGCACGGUAUAUUACGAGAUUGUAAGAGCAUGCAGAAUACAGAGAAAUACGAAUCCCCGUUUAAGACUUAUUACGCAAAAGUAAAAAUCACCGCAACUUACGAUAAAUACGGCAAACGUGAUUAAGAGUAAUAUGUCUACAACUUUUUAUUCUGCACUACAAAUAAAUAUAAUAUAUUUAUAAUUAUGCCACUAAGAGAUCUUUACAUCGUAACUCAUCAUAGCUAUAUUUGUAAUAUUUAUUUAUUCAGAUAAAUAUGAGUUUUAAAUAUGAGUUUAAUCAAUGCAUAAUUCAUUUUUUUGAUCUUAAACAUAAACUUC